GGUGACCAUUUCUUCAACGUUUCCUCCACCUCCUUGGAGGCUUUGUCGAUUGACCAUACCUUAUAAAUAAACUCUUCUCCCAUCCUUUCCUUGACAACUUCCAGCAAAGCAUUCUCUCCUCUUGGCCUUUCUCUCCUGAGCUGAAAGCAUUUCAUUUCCUUCUACUUGGAACAGAAUUAAGCCUUCUGUUUUCGUUUCUUGCAUUAGAUAUACUCAGCCAUGUCUCAAGAUCAAUCAGAUUGCUUCGCUAACAUGCAAGAAACAUCAUAUAACGAUCUAUCCUUUACAUUGAUUGACAUUUUAUUGUGUGGAGAGUCUUUCAAUUUGUUCAGUGAUUUGCAGAAAUCACUUUCAAGAUUUUGGUUCUCUCUCCGAUCCAAAAUUAGUUUCAAUAACUCAAAGGUAUGGGAGGAGAACAAGAACAAAGAUUCUGAGUCAUCCAACCAGCAGCGUUUCUUAAACAACAAGAGAGAUGAUUGGAACCUCUGCAGAGAAGAGGUGGAGAUGGUAAUGGGGCAAUUGGGACUUUUUUGCAGCUUAGAAAGUGAGGAGCUUAAGGAGUCAAUGGGUUCUGAUGACCUUUCGCAGCUGUUUGAUGAGAAGGAGCCAAGCUUAGAGGAAGUGAAGGAAGCUUUUGAUGUUUUUGAUGAGAACAGAGAUGGGUUUAUUGAUGCAGAAGAGUUGCAGAGAGUACUCCAAAAAUUGGGAUUAAAGGAAGGAUUUACGCUGGAUAACUGUAGAAAAAUGAUCAGUGCCUGUGAUGAAAACAGAGACGGAAGAAUAGACUUCACUGAAUUUGUGAAAUUCAUGGAGCACAUUUUUUCUUGAACAUACCUUCGGAUAACAUCAAAAGCACAACAAAUUUGAAA